CCUCUUUCCUUUUUCAUUCCUGCCAGACCCGCACAGGUCAGACCUAAACUCAGGUGAGCGAUUACCACAGGUGGAUUAUGUGGGCUGGAGACUUCCUCCUUCCCUCCAGCGGUGGGGAGGGUUGGCCGUUGUGCUGCUUCAGCGUUAGACUAUAAGAGGCUUUGAGGGACAGGCUUAUGGCGCAGCGUGGAAUCCUUUCACUCCUCUCUUCAAGUCUCUUCCUCCAUCUGUGAGAAGUCUUUGUUUUCCAACCGUCUGCUUGUUAAAUCCAGGAAUGAAGAAAACCACUGCCAGUACUGAGACCAUUUUUAUGUUUUCCUCCACAUUCCACAGAUAAGCAGGACCUAUAAAAUCUGAGUACUCAAAAGAAUUCACGAGGCGUCUCAUUCAAGGCUGGAAUUUUCAAUCAUUAAUUAGACUGACCCUGAACCACUGAGAGUUUUUCUGAUUUUUUUCUGUAGUAGUCAAUUGUACACUUUUUCUCUCAAACCCCUCAAAGAACCAUACGCCACGCCCCCUCAGAGGGGUGAUGCCAGUCUUGCUAAAUGCCAGUGCCUCUUUUAGCUCCAAACAGGAGCUUCUGGACCUACAGGACUGUCCUCUUAAUGGGGGUCUGUCUCUGGACACCCCCAGUCCAGAGGAUUCCGAGACAGGGAGCCCCGUCGGUUCUGGCCCAAGAAGUCCUGGUAGCCUUAGAGCUAAUGGCUCCACCCCCCAGAUUUUCACUGGCGUUUCUUUGCUCCCUGGGGAGCUUUUUGGCCCACAACCCAAUGAAGAGAUCCCAACUGGGCUAAAGCACAUGUCCGUUAACUUGGAUCAACUUUGUGGCUGGGGGGCUCUGACCCCCAAAGUCAUCCAGGUCUUCAACACCCCUCGUUGGGUGCUGUUCUUCCUUUGUGUGGCGUCUUUCCUUCAGGGGAUGAUAAUCAAUGGCUUCAUUAAUACAGUGGUCACUUCCAUCGAGCGGCGCUUCGACCUGCACAGCUAUCAGGCCGGACUCAUCGCCAGCUCCUAUGACAUCGCUGCCUGCCUCUGUCUGGCUUUCGUUAGUUACUUCGGUGGGAUCGGGCACAAGCCCCGCUGGCUGGGAUGGGGGGUGCUUGUCAUGGCGUUGGGUUCCCUGGUGUUCGCCUUGCCUCAUUUCACCACGCCACCCUAUGUGGUCAGUCUGCCUGAGCAAACGGGGAUGUGCUCGGCCAAUCGCACCAGCCAGUGCAAGGACAAGGAAGAAAGAGGACUGUCCAGUUACAGCUUCGUCUUCAUGCUGGGACAGUUUCUACAUGGAAUGGGCGCCACUCCUCUCUACACAUUAGGCGUCACAUAUCUGGAUGAGAACGUCAGCUCUAACCACGCACCGGUUUAUAUAGGGAUCUUCUACACAGCAGCUAUUUUGGGCCCAGCAGCUGGCUACCUGUUGGGAGGAUACUUCCUCAACUUGUACACAGAAAUACACCUGACGACGGAGAUGACUCCAGACAACCCCCACUGGGUUGGCGCUUGGUGGAUUGGCUUUUUAGCCGGAGGUGCCGCCGCUCUGCUGGUAGCGUUCCCCAUCCUCGGUUACCCUCGCCAGCUGCCAGGCUCCCAGGAGCACGUGGCGAUGCGGGUGUCCGAGGCCCACCAGCUAAAGGAUGGAAGCCAUGCCACAGCCUCAGACCCCCACUUUGGAAAGACUGUCAAAGAUAUGCCAAGAUCUGUGCUGCUUCUCUUGAAGAACCCGACGUUCCUCUUCCUCUGCUUGGCCGGAGCCACCGAGGCCACGCUCAUCGCUGGCAUGUCCACCUUUGGCCCAAAGUUCUUGGAGUCACAGUUUAGUCUCAGCGCAUCAGAAGCUGCUACUUGGUUUGGAUACAUGGUGGUCCCUGCAGGAGGAGGGGGCACCUUCCUGGGGGGCUACAUCGUGAAGAGUUUGAACCUGCGCUGUCGAGGCAUCAUUCGUUUCUGCAUGAUGUGCGCCAUGGUCAGUCUGCUCGCCAUCUUCAUCUUCCUCACCCACUGUCCCAAUGUGCCUAUGGCUGGCGUCACAGCACCGUACCGCCCGCUGGCGGAGCAGCAUCCACUGGACAAAUACAGCAUAGCCGGGAAAGUGCAGCUUUCAAACAGCUCGUCUUUAGAUGAAAGUCUCACUGUGAGUUGUAAUGCUGCCUGUAACUGUGUCAAGGAGGUGUACAACCCCGUGUGCGGCUCAGAUGAUGUGAUGUACUACUCUCCCUGUCACGCCGGCUGCACAUCCAUCAACCACACAGAGAAGACUACGGGUAAACAGGUGUAUUCUGGUUGUACUUGUGUUGUUGGUAACACAUCGUGGGGUGAGGAGGGCUUUGCCAUUGCAGGAAAGUGUGGGAACACCUGCCACCACAUGAGCAUCUUCCUCUCCUUUUUCUUUAUCGUCAUCAGCUUCACCUUCUUGUGCAGCAUCCCGGCGCUCACCGCCACCCUCAGGUGUGUCCCAGACAGCCAGCGCUCCUUUGCACUCGGCAUUCAGUGGAUCGUCGUCCGCACGCUUGGGGGCAUUCCUGGACCCAUAGCCUUCGGCUCCGUCAUCGACAUUUCCUGCCUCCUGUGGCAGGAUAAGUGUGGUGAGCAGGGCUCCUGCUACCUCUACCACAACGCAGCCAUGAGUCGGUACACGCUGGUCGCGGGGAUAAUCUACAAGGCUUUGGGGGCCAUCUUUUUUCUGCUGGCCAGUGUCCUGUAUCAGCCCCCCCCAGAGUCGCCUCAGAGCAGCUGUGAGAGCACCGACCAAGGAAUCGGACUCAGGAGCGACCUGCCCAUCAAAGAGCUGCCCGAAGACGGCGUCAUCGCCAACCUGCACGCCAGGUUAUGACAUCACAGACAGCGAGGGUCGUUUUAAGGAUGGAGCAACAAAGCCGGAAAGCCUUUAUGCGCACAUUUACACACUGCUGCUCUCUUCGGAGAAAACCGCGCUCCGACCCGCGUGCCUCUGGGCGGGCGUCACUGCAGAGUUUAUGUUUCCUGCUGUCAACACAACCGUCUUCCUCCAAAAGCCAAAAAAAAAAAAAAAAA